AAAGGCAAAUCAAGGGUAUGACGCUCUUUGGAGGCCAAUAUGCUUGAAUACUGAAGACAGAUAUCCAGCACAAUUUCCAACAUCUGAGCUUUUUUUUUUCUAAGAAAAGUAAUAUUGGCUCUAGAUGCAGCCGUUUUGAUCUGGCUUGGUUCUUGUCCGUUUGCUGUCAUGUUGGGGCCCCCAACGAAUGUUGAGAUGCUGCCUCCUUCCACUGCCUCCCCGCUAAGCGAUUGUGGUAACUGCUUGCUGAUCAUGGUAAGCCUGGCGACCGUCGCAGCUGUGUUCAUCGUGGUCUCAGCUGUCCUCUGUGAACGGGUUUUCCGGGGGUCCCUGCCCCAGGAAACAGGAGCUGUGCCGACUGUGUGGAGGCAAGGAGGGACACUGUGGAUUGAGCCCCCACACAAUAAUAGACAACCAGAUGUCCUCUCAAGGCCGUCAGCUACCGUCCCACUUUGGAUUCAGCGUUCGAAUGAUUGGUUUCUGGAUGUUUCUCCUGCAGGACCCGACAGCUACGGUUCCACUGAGGACCUCCAGAGAGAGAGCGCCAGCCCCAGCAGCACUAGCCCUCUCUGGAGCCACAGCGAGCGAUCCUGGGCAAUCCAGCCGCACGUAACUCUGCCAGACAUCAAUAAUUUCUUCCGAAAGAAUAGCCAUGUUACCUGUAGUUCUCAGCACUUGGUUUAAUUGAGUCCAAGGUUCAAAGGUAGCUUACCUGAUGGCUGAUCAGCUAUAUCUUCUACUUCAAAACAUACCCAAAAAAUGCUUUGAUAUGAAAACAAACUUUGUUCCAUGAGACUCCCCUACUUAGGAGCAAGGGAAGAGAAUGGAAAAUGGGUCUUGAAAAAGUUCUAGAUGAAUUUAUGUUUACCCAGUUGAAUUUAUGUUUACCCACAAAGAAAUAAA